AUGAUGUCAAUGGAGGCAUUCCUCUCGAGGCAAGGGUACACUGAUUGUACAAAUGGCCCUCUGUCGUCUUCCUACUGCCACCGACUCGGUGACUUCGUGAUGUUAGGACUUAUCAUGGCAUCUCCCUUCAGGACCAACAGCACGCCGACGUUACUGCCCAGUUCUGGGGCGGCGACUUCUACUCCGUCACCCUUACCGGCUCUGGCUCCUACCGCUGCGUUCCUGUCUCCAACAAGCGGUCGAUUUCGGUGCCUUCCUUGA